UUGCCGUACAUCUACGUCAUCACUAAGCGACUCGCAACAAUGGGUCAAAGUCAGAGUGGAGGACACGGUCCAGGAGGGGGAAAGAAAGAUGACAAGGAUAAGAAAAAGAAGUAUGAACCUCCUAUUCCAACCAGAGUUGGCAAGAAAAAGAAGAAGACCAAGGGACCUGAUGCUGCGAGCAAACUGCCCCUUGUUACGCCUCACACUCAGUGCCGUCUGAAGCUGUUGAAGCAGGAACGUAUCAAAGAUUACCUCCUGAUGGAGGAGGAGUUCAUCAGGAACCAGGAGCAGAUGAAGCCCCUGGAGGAGAAACAGGAGGAGGAGAGGUCAAAGGUGGAUGACCUGCGGGGAACCCCCAUGUCUGUCGGCACCCUGGAGGAGAUUAUAGAUGACAACCAUGCCAUCGUUUCCACCUCAGUGGGGUCGGAGCAUUACGUCAGCAUCCUGUCGUUUGUGGACAAAGAUCUUCUGGAGCCGGGCUGCUCCGUCCUGCUCAACCACAAGGUCCACGCUGUGAUCGGAGUGUUGAUGGACGACACUGAUCCCUUGGUGACAGUAAUGAAAGUAGAGAAAGCCCCACAAGAAACAUACGCCGACAUCGGAGGGCUUGACAAUCAGAUCCAGGAGAUCAAGGAGUCAGUGGAGCUGCCUCUCACACAUCCAGAGUACUAUGAGGAGAUGGGCAUCAAGCCUCCCAAGGGAGUCAUCUUAUACGGACCUCCUGGAACAGGCAAGACGCUGCUGGCCAAGGCCGUGGCCAACCAGACGUCGGCCACCUUCCUGCGCGUGGUGGGCUCCGAGCUGAUCCAGAAGUACCUGGGAGACGGGCCCAAGCUGGUGCGGGAGCUGUUCAGGGUGGCGGAGGAGCACGCGCCCUCCAUCGUGUUCAUCGACGAGAUCGACGCCAUCGGCACGAAAAGAUAUGACUCGAACUCGGGCGGCGAGAGGGAGAUCCAGAGGACCAUGCUGGAGCUGCUCAACCAGCUGGACGGCUUCGACUCGCGGGGAGACGUCAAAGUCAUCAUGGCCACCAACCGGAUAGAAACCCUGGACCCGGCUCUGAUCAGACCCGGGAGGAUCGACCGGAAGAUUGAAUUCCCGCUGCCGGACGAGAAAACCAAACGCCGGAUCUUCCAGAUUCACACCAGCCGCAUGACGGUCGCAGACGACGUGACCCUCGACGACCUCAUUCUGGCGAAGGACGACCUAUCGGGAGCAGACAUCAAGGCCAUCUGCACGGAGGCCGGCCUCAUGGCUCUGCGCGAGCGCCGCAUGAAAGUCACCAACGAAGACUUCAAGAAGUCCAAGGAGAACGUCCUGUACAAGAAGCAGGAGGGCACGCCGGAGGGCCUCUACCUCUAACCUUCACUCUAACGGCUUCUCUCUCUCCUCCGCCUCUGAACCUAUCGCUGAGUGAACGUGUGAAAGCGGCGACUCGGCCGUCGCCUCCCCCCCAGAGAGUUUUUGAUAUAUUUUGUGCACGUGGUUUCUGGCUUCUCCCGCUUCUUCCUGUUACCGUCAUGUGUUCCAACCAUAAAUAAAGACAGAAAUAAACACA